AUUAUUGUUGAUCGAUCACUCACUCUCUUCCCGUGUCAGUCAUCAGCUAUCUAUAUAUUUAUCUAAAGAGCCAUGGCUAGAGUGGUUGGGAUGAACAAGAAAUUACAACUUAGUUACAUGCAGCAAGCAGCAGGGUCGGCGACCAGCAGCUGGGCAACGUACGAGAGACAGCCAGAAUGGCAGAACCGACGAAGCAACAAACACAGAGAAUGUGUUGGACUUGGAGCUAGAGAGAUGAUGAAGAAGCCGGAGAAGCCGUCUUGGUGGGUGCCGCAUCCUCGUAGCGGGAUAUACUAUCCUCAAGGCCACGAAAGGGUAAUGGAGGACGUUCCAAACGGCGCAGCUUCUUUUGGUGACGCUACUUAUUGGCUGAGGAGCGUAGAUGGAGUUGACAAACCAGAAUACGACAUGUUCUGUUAACUAGUACGUAUAUAACUAUGUAAUCAUCGUCAAUUCACCAUCAUCAUCGUCCUCGUGCUAAUAUACAUACAUACAUACAUACAUAUAUGUAUGUGUAUAUGCAUGCAUGUAUGUAUGACGACUGAUGUAGCUUGGUACUAGUAUGUAGUAGACCUGGAACUCUUCAGUUGUAACCUUCAAGUGCAUGAUCGAAUAAGCUGGCUUAGAUUGCUGGGCGUCACUCAUUGUUUGGGUGUGCGUGGGUUUAUUCCGUUCCGGAAA